AUGAAACGGCUUACUGUUACACGUCUAGGCUUUGGCCUGCGUAGACCAGUCAGUCAUAGCAAUCUUCCCGUUAGAGUUUAUCCUCUGCUACGUUUGGCAAGCAGUUAUGUACAGCAGCGACUCGCCAUUUGGGACGAGGAAGUCCGAAAGGACAAGUUCACGGAGAAGUCUGUUGAUAUUGAAGUGCACGUUGAGGGAAAAAAGAUGGUUACAGGAAUCGCUGGUGUGCUGACACCGCUGGAUGUUCUGAAAGCUGUUUCAGACGUAGGCUAUGCGUCCGACUCUCACCUUCUGGCAGUGCUCAAUAAGGCUCAUCCAUGGGACCUCAGCCGCCCCAUCGAAGCAAGCUGUACACUCCAAUUAAUUCCUACACAUUCCGACUCUGAGUUAGCCCAUACGACAUUAUGGCAUUCUUCGGCACACUUAUUGGGAUGGGCUCUGGAGAAACAGUUUGGAGACGAAUUGUUGUUAUGCGAUGGUCCCUCGUUGAAAUCUGGAGGAUUUUACUAUGAUGGUUUGGUAAGAAGAGGGUUGAGCGGCGAGGACACGGGCAUGGAUGAAAUUCCUCAACUUGUGCAGCCUGAUGGACAACUGUAUAACGUCACCGACGCAGAUGUACGAGAUUUGGAAAUAACAAUGAAAGCAUUCGCCAAGAAAAAAGCACCGUUUCAGCGGCUGGUCGUUUCGCGAUCUGUUGCGGAACACAUGUUUCGAUACAAUCCUUUCAAGCUUCAAUUCCUUUCCCGUAUCCCACCGACUGAGUCGGUAACCUUAUAUCGCUGUGGCGACUUCAUUGAUCUAUGUCGCGGUCCUCAUGUCCCACAUACCGGCUAUUUACGUGCACAUAAACUUUUGCGAACAGGCGGUGCACAGUGGGAUGCAUCACAGGGAUCGAAACAUCAACCUCUUUCUCGCAUCUACGGAAUUGCCUUUUCGAAUGUUGAGAAGCUUCGGGCAUGGCAAAUAGCCCAGGAGGAUGCAGCGAAGCGGGAUCAUCGUCUCAUAGCGAAGAAGCAAGGCUUAUUCAGUGUAAAUUCUCUAGCACCUGGAUCUCCUUUCAUGUUACCGCACGGUACAAGAAUAGUACAGCGGCUUAUGGAUUUCCUAAGAGGCGAAUACAGACGAUUUGGCUAUGAAGAAGUUGUGACACCGUUACUGUUCAACAAAGACUUGUGGGUUACGUCUGGGCAUUGGGAGAAUUAUAAGGAGGAUAUGUUUGUGGUUGGUGGGGGCCAUACAUGUGGGGACGGUCAAACCGAGGGAGAGCACGAAGAAAUCCACGGACUAAAGCCGAUGAACUGCCCGGGACAUUGUUUGCUCUUUGCCAACACGGCCAAAUCGUAUCGCGAGUUGCCGGUGAGACUAGCGGAAUUCAGCCCCCUGCAUAGAAACGAAGCUUCGGGAGCUUUGACUGGUCUAACGCGUGUGCGCAAAUUUCACCAAGAUGAUGCACACAUAUUUUGCACUCCGGCCCAAAUAACCUCCGAAAUCAUAUCCACUCUUCAGUUCAUUGAUCGCGUAUACAAAAUUUUCAAUUUCCCUUCCUACGAAUUAACACUUUCCACACGACCCGCCCAAAAUUACAUUGGCACUAUUUCCCAAUGGGAGGAUGCAGAGAAUCAAUUGCGGACUGCUCUCAAUGCCACUGGACGCGACUGGACGAUAAAGGAGGGGGACGGAGCGUUUUACGGGCCUAAGAUCGACAUAAUGGUGAACGACGCCAUGGGCCGUGCUCAUCAAACCGCUACCAUUCAACUUGACUUCCAAUUACCGCAGCGGUUUGGGUUGAAGUACCAGGCAGAGGACGGGGGGUUUCAUCCCCCUGUCAUCGUGCAUCGCGCUAUUCUGGGAAGUAUAGAACGUAUGAUGGCAAUUUUGAUUGAGCAUUAUGCCGGGAAAUGGCCGUUUUGGUUAAGUCCUCGACAAGCGAUUGUCAUUCCUGUUGGAAUGGAGUACCAGGAUUACGCGCGAAGUGUUUGUCAAGAGUUGAGCGGACGUGGUGUUGACAUAUCUGCCGGUAAUAAACGGUUUUGGUACGUGGACGUGGACGAAACAGAUCAUUCGCUUGCAAAGCGAAUUCGGGAGGCACAAAAGGCGCAAUAUAAUUUCAUGUUGGUGGCCGGAGAAAGGGAAAGGGCAUCGAAACAGGUUACUGUACGAAGGCGGGAUGGGACAAAUCUUGGUACUAUGAGCCUCGAAGAGGUUGCAUUAAUGUUCGGUAAAUUAGAGACUGCCUUUGAGUAG